AUGGCUGCUACUAUUAUCAAACUCUUCAUGCUUUUGAGAGUUACUUUAUUGGCCUCAGUUUAUGUUUCUUCUACAUUCGAUCAUGAGAACCUUUUUAUCUUUAAGUUUAAUAGGUUUCAAACUCUUUAUGAGAAUGAAAACGGUCGCAUUCGUCUUCUCCAAAGGUUCGAUAAACCUGACUUCAUUCUUAUAGUCCUUAGUGGAAAAGCCAUUCUCACAGUGUUGAACUCCAAUGAUCGAAACUCCUUUAAUCUUGAAGGUGGUGACAUCAUCAAACUCACAGCUGGCACCAUUACUUAUUUAGCUAACCGAGAUGACAACGAGGAUCUUAGAGUAUUAGAUCUCGCCAUCCCAGUAAAUAGGCCCGAUCAAUUACAGUCUUUCUUAUUAUCUGGAACUCAAAAUCAACCAUCUUUCUUAUCUGGGUUUAGCAAAAAUAUUCUAGAGGCUUCUUUCAAUACAAAUUAUGAGGAGAUAGAAGAGAAAUCUGAACCAUUUAACUUGAGAAGUCGCAAUCCUAUCUAUUCCAACAAAUUUGCAAAUUCUUUGAGAUCACUCCUGAGAAAAAUCCACAACUUCAAGACUAAAACAUAUUUUUCAAUUCUGUGGAGAUUAAGGAAGGAUCAUUAUUGUUACCAAGCUACAAUUCAAGGCCAUUGUGAUAGUAACGGUUAA